AUGGUGUUGAUGAACAUGAGGCCACCAAGCUUGCUAGAGCCAAGAGUCGAAGGAGCUGGUGGGGCGGGGAGCCGGGGCCGGGGCGGGGGGCGCCGCCCGGCCGGGCGCGGCCUGACGGGGGCUGUGGGGGUCUCUCGGCAGAUCGAGGCGCUGCAGGAGGUGCUGGAGAAGCUGAAGAGCAAGCGGGUCCCGCACUACGAGAAGAAGUUCGGGCAGGUGCCCAUGUGCGACGCCGGGGAGCAGUGCGCCGUGAGGAAGGGGGCCCGCAUCGGGAAGCUCUGCGACUGCCCGCGGGGGACUUCGUGCAAUUCCUUCCUCCUCAAGUGCCUGUAA